AUGGUGAACUACAGGACACUAAACUGGGUCUGGACUGGUGAACUACAGGACACUAAACUGGGUCUGGAUGGUGAACUACAGGACACUAAACUGGGUCUGGAUGGUGAACUACAGGACAAUAAACUGGGUCUGGAUGGUGAACUACAGGACAAUAAACUGGGUCUGGAUGGUGAACUACAGGGCACUAAACUGGGUCUGGAUGGUGAACUACAGGGCACUAAACUGGGUCUGGAUGGUGAACUACAGGGUCUGGACUGGGUCUGGAUGGUGAACUACAGGACACUAAACUGGGUCUGGACUGGUGAACUACAGGGCACUAAACUGGGUCUGGAUGGUGAACUACAGGGCACUAAACUGGGUCUGGACUGGUGAACUACAGGGCACUAACCUGGGUCUGGACUGGUGAACUACAGGACACUAAACUGGGUCUGGAUGGUGAACUACAGGACAAUAAACUGGGUCUGGAUGGUGAACUACAGGACACUAAACUGGGUCUGGACUGGUGAACUACAGGACACUAAACUGGGUCUGGACUGGUGAACUACAGGGCACUAAACUGGGUCUCUCUGGGUCUGUCUCUCUGUGUGGUGAUAGAAUAACAUGAGCCUUUAAAAGACCUGAGGGUUGAUUCUAAAACUAAACAAGGUUUCAUCUCUUCUCUGUCUCGUCUAACAGUCCUAAUAUUGUGCUGAGUUUCAGAACAUUACGACACAGUUUUAGAGGUCUGGAGUCUCCUGUCUGUGUCCUGACCAGGAGGAAUCACCAACACACAACUAUUAUAUAGUUAACAAACCUUAAGAUACACCCGCAUCCCUGAGUAUGGAACAAUACAGUAAACCAAAACACAUAGUACAGUACACACACAUCCUGUUUCACUUCUCUCUGAGUGAAUCAGUUCUACAGAACACAUCAGGAAAUCAUAAGUAGAGACAGGAAUAAUGCUGAUCCCAAGGUCUGGGGUGGAUCAACACCCCAAAUGGAUCCUUCUGAGCUUUACGCAAUCAGCCAGGGGACCAGAUGGAAAGAAUUAUACAGGAAUCCCCCUUCACUACAGUAAACUGACUUCACAACACACGCUUCACUGGUCCAUCUGGAACCUGGUCUCAGCUAUGUAGCCACAGCUUCCUCUGAUGUAAUCAGAUCAUGUCUUAUGGUGCGUCCGGAUGCUGUUUCCCAACCAAAACGAUUCAAACGCACCAUUAGACCAGGGGGAGCGGCUCAACUCUAAACAUCAUUACAACAGUGGGGAGAAGGGGAACUAACAUCAUUACAACAGUGGGGAGAAGGGGAACUAACAUCAUUAUAACAGUGGGGAGAAGGGGAACUAACAUCAUUAUAACAGUGGGGAGAAGGGGAACUACAAUGGCUACCUGCCCCACGGUCAAAAGGAGUGCAGUGCACUAUAUUAUUAUUAUUAUUAUUAUUAUUUAUAUAAAAUACAGUGUCAUUUAGGAUACCCCCUAUGUGUCUGACUACAGCAUAAAGCCAACCCUGCUCCUCCAGUACUACAGUAUAAAGCCAACCCUGCUCCUCCAGUACUCCAGUAUAAGGCCAACACUGCUCCUCCAGUACUCCAGUAUAAAGCCAACCCUGCUCCUCCAGUACUCCAGUAUAAGGCCAACCCUGCUCCUCCAGUACUCCAGUAUAAGGCCAACCCUGCUCCGCCAGUACUACAGUAUAAAGCCAACCCUGCUCCUCCAGUACUCCAGUAUAAAGCCAACCCUGCUCCUCCAGUACUCCAGUAUAAGGCCAACCCUGCUCCUCCAGUACUACAGUAUAAGCCAACCCUGCUCCUCCAGUACUACAGUAUAAAGCCAACCCUGCUCCUCCAGUACUCCAGUAUAAGGCCAACCCUGCUCCUCCAGUACUACAGUAUAAAGCCAACCCUGCUCCUCCAGUACUCCAGUAUAAGGCCAACCCUGCUCCUCCAGUACUACAGUAUAAGCCAACCCUGCUCCUCCAGUACUCCAGUAUAAAGCCAACCCUGCUCCUCCAGUACUACAGUAUAAAGCCAACCCUGCUCCUCCAGUACUCCAGUAUAAAGCCAACCCUGCUCCUCCAGUACUCCAGUAUAAAGCCAACCCUGCUCCUCCAGUACUCCAGUAUAAAGCCAACCCUGCUCCUCCAGUACUCCAGUAUAAAGCCAACCCUGCUCCUCCAGUACUACAGUAUAAAGCUAACCCUGCUCCUCCAGUACUCCAGUAUAAAGCUAACCCUUCUCCUCCAGUACUCCAGUAUAAAGCCAACCCUGCUCCGCCAGUACUACAGUAUAAAGCCAACCCUGCUCCUCCAGUACUACAGUAUAAAGUCAACCCUGCUCCUCCAGUACUCCAGUAUAAAGCCAACCCUGCUCCUCCAGUACUCCAGUAUAAAGCCAACCCUGCUCCUCCAGUACUACAGUAUAAAGCCAACCCUGCUCCUCCAGUACUACAGUAUAAAGCCAACCCUUCUCCUCCAGUACUACAGUAUAAAGCCAACCCUUCUCCUCAAGUACUACAGUAUAAGCUAGAUCAGUGUUUCCCAACCCUGCUCCUCCAGUACUACAGUAUAAGCCAACCCUGCUCCUCCAGUACUACAGUAUAAAGCCAACCCUGCUCCUCCAGUACUGCAGUAUGAAGCCAACCCUGCUCCUCCAGUACUACAGUAUAAGCCAACCCUGCUCCUCCAGUACUACAGUAUAAGCCAACCCUGCUCCUCCAGUACUACAGUAUAAGCCAACCCUGCUCCUCCAGUACUACAGUAUGAAGCCAACCCUGCUCCUCCAGUACUACAGUAUAAAGCUAGAUCAGUGUUUCCCAACCCUGCUCCUCCAGUACUACAGUAUAAAGCUAGAUCAGUGUUUCCCAACCCUGCUCCUCCAGUACUACAGUAUAAGCUAACCCUGCUCCUCCAGUACUACAGUAUAAGCCAACCCUGCUCCUACAGUACUACAGUAUAAAGCCAACCUGCUCCUCCAGUACUACAGUAUAAGCCAACCCUGCGCCUUCAGUACUCCAGUCUAAAGCCAACCCUGCGCCUCCAGUACUACAUUAUAUAGCCAACCCUGCUCCUCCAGUACUACAGUAUAAGCCAACCCAAUCCUCCAGUACUACAGUAUAAGCUAACCCUGUGCCUCCAGUACUCCAGUAUAAAGCCAACCCUGCUCCUCCAGUACUACAGUAUAAGCCAACCCUGCUCCUCCAGUACUACAGUAUAAAGCCAACCCUGCUCCUCCAGUACUACAGUAUAAAGCCAACCCUGCUCCUCCAGGACUACAGUAUAAAGCCAACCCUGCUCCUCCAGUACUCCAGUAUAAAGCCAACCCUGCUCCUCCAGUACUCCAGUAUAAAGCCAACCCUGCUCCUACCAUGUACUACAGUAUAAGCCAACCCUGCGCCUCCAGUACUCCAGUAUAAAGCCAACCCUGCGCCUCCAGUACUCCAUUAUAUAGCCAACCCUGCUCCUCCAGUACUACAGUAUAAGCUAACCCUGCGCCUCCAGUACUACAGUAUAAGCUAACCCUGCGCCUCCAGUACUCCAGUAUAAAGCCAACCCUGCUACUACAGUACUACAGUAUAAGCCAACCCUGCUCCUACAGUACUACAGUAUAAGCCAACCCUGCUCCUACAGUACUACAGUAUAAAGCCAACCCUGCUCCUCCAGUACUCCAGUAUAAGCCAACCCUGCGCCUCCAGUACUCCAGUAUAAAGCCAACCCUGCGCCUCCAGUACUACAUUAUAUAGCCAACCCUGCUCCUCCAGUACUACAGUAUAAGCCAACCCAAUCCUCCAGUACUACAGUAUAAGCUAACCCUGUGCCUCCAGUACUCCAGUAUAAAGCCAACCCUGCUCCUCCAGUACUACAGUAUAAGCCAACCCUGCUCCUCCAGUACUACAGUAUAAAGCCAACCCUGCUCCUCCAGUACAGUAUAAAGCCAACCCUGCUCCUCCAGUACUCCAGUAUAAAGCCAACCCUGCUCCUCCAGUACUCCAGUAUAAAGCCAACCCUGCUCCUCCAGUACUCCAGUAUAAAGCCAACCCUGCUCCUCCAGUACUACAGUAUAAAGCCAACCCUGCUCCUCCAGUAUAAGCCAACCCUGCUCCUCCAGUACUACAGUAUAAGCCAACCCUGCUCCUCCAGUACUACAGUAUAAGCCAACCCUGCUCUUCCAAUACUACAGUAUGAAGCCAACCCUGCUCCUCCAGUACUACAGUAUAAAGCCAACCCUGCUCCUCCAGUAUAAAGCCAACCCUGCUCCUCCAAUACUACAGUAUAAAGCUAGAUCAGUGUUUCCCAACCCUGCUCCUCCAGUACUACAGUAUAAGCUAACCCUGCUCCUCCAGUACUACAGUAUAAGCCAACCCUUCACCUCCAGUACAAGCCAACCCUGCUCCUCCAGUACUACAGUAUAUAGCCAACCCUUCUCCUCCAGUACUCCAGUAUAAGCCAACCCUGCUCCUCCAGUACUCCAGUAUAAGCCAACCCUGCUCCUCCAGUACUCCAGUAUAAGCCAACCCUUCUCCUCCAGUACUGCAGUAUAAGCCAACCCUGCUCCUCCAGUACUGCAGUAUAAGCCAACCAUGCUCCUCCAGUACUACAGUAUAAGGCCAACUCUGCUCCUCCAGUACUCCAGUAUAAGCCAACCCUGCUCCUCCAGUACUACAGUAUAAAGCCAACCCUGCUCCUCCAGUACUACAGUAUAAAGCCAACCCUGCUACUCCAGUACUACAGUAUAAAGCCAACCCUGCUCCUCCAGUACUAAGUAUAAAGCCAACCCUGCUCCUCCAGUACUACAGUAUAAAGCCAACCCUGCUCCUCCAGUACUACAGUAUAAGCCAACCCUUCUCCUCCAGUACUACAGUAUAAAGCCAACCCUGCUCCUCCAGUACUCCAGUAUAAAGCUAACCCUGCUCCUCCAGUACUCCAGUAUAAGCCAACCCUGCUCCUCCAGUACUCCAGUAUAAAGCCAACCCUGCUCCUCCAGUACUACAGUAUAAGCUAACCCUGCUCCUCCAGUACUACAGUAUAAGCCAACCCUGCUCUCCAGUACUCCAGUUAUAAGCCAACCCUGCUCCUCCAGUACUCAUUAUAUAGCCAACCCUGCUCCUCCAGUACUCCAGUUAUAAGCAACCCUGCCCUCCAGUACUCCAGUAUAAAGCCAACCCUGCUCCUCCAGUACUACCAGUAUAAAGCCAACCCUGCUCCUCCAGUACUACAGUAUAAAGCCAACCCUGCUCCUCCAGUACUCAGAUAUAAAGCCAACCCUGCGCCUCCAGUACUCCAGUAUAUAGCCAACCCUGCUCCUCCAGUACUACAGUAUAAGCCAACCCUUCUCCUCCAGUACUACAGUAUAAAGCCAACCCUGCUACUCCAGUACUACAGUAUAAGCCAACCUGUCUCCAGUACU